AUGAUUCUGUUUACAAAAGAUACUGCCAGGUUCAAGGAUGAAUUAGAUAUUAUGAAGUUCAUUUGCAAAGAUUUUUGGACCACUGUAUUCAAAAAACAAAUAGAUAACCUAAGGACUAAUCAUCAGGGUAUUUAUGUCCUUCAAGACAAUAAAUUUCGUCUCUUGACACAAAUGUCUGCAGGAAAGCAGUAUUUAGAACAUGCUCCAAAGUAUUUAGCAUUUACCUGUGGACUAAUCAGAGGAGGCCUAUCAAACUUGGGAAUAAAGAGUAUCGUAACAGCUGAAGUUUCAUCAAUGCCUGCAUGUAAAUUCCAGGUGAUGAUACAGAAGAUGUAGAGCAUAUCCAAAACUGGGUAUCUACCUUAAACAUCUUUUGUGUGUGGGUCAGCUUUGUAUGUAGCUUGUAAAUUACAGCAGUGUGCAGCACAAUUCCAAAAUAUAUAAUAAAUAUUCAUCAAAAUAACUUAACACUAUCCUUUUAUCUUGGUAUGAAAUGUAUUCUGUACCAAGGUAUUGAUGUCCACAUGGUAAAAACUGUCUACUCAAAAAGUUUUCAGCCAAAUAUUUCAAUUGCCAAAACAGCACGUAUGAAAGACCAGAGGCACUGGUUUUGAGAACAGAGUAAAAGCCUGACCAAGACUAAGCUGGAGAAGGAAACUAAUGUGUUUUGUGUCACCUAACAUGAAUGCUCACCUGCUACCUUUCCCUAUUUGCUCUGAACUGUGAGGCAGCAGUUGUUUUCGUAUUACUCUGAGGAAGUCAUUAGCACCUGAAUGAACAGUCGGUGUUCAGUGGAGGCUUAGUUCCUUUGUAGGAAUGAUACAGGGCAGUAGAAAAGAGAACUUAUUUCUACAUAGUUAUUAAACAGUUUCUCCUGCCUUCUUAAAAUUAGCAGCUGGGUUUUUUUGUGUCAGAGUAAUUUUACAGCUAAGGUCAUCUGUACUGGCCAAAGAAGGAGAUUUGUUUUAGCUUGUUGUGCAUAAACUUCAUAUUAACAUAAUUGUCUUUAAUUGCUAGCUACAACUCACUUCUGUAAUGAGUGUGUGCAGGAAGAUGGUUAGGCCUGCGAGAAGCUAUAAAGACAUCACCAAGACUCUUGAGGACAUUGGGGUUUGCUAGAUACUACUUGUUACAAGAUUUGCAUAACAAUACGUAUCUUGCUGUAGGUAAGCAUGAAAACAUCUUGUUAAAACUUUCAAUGAAUUUUGCCAUAAGACUUUUCUGUUGGCAGGUUCAGGCCUUGUACUUUCAGAUGAAUCACAAUAGAAACUUAUGAUGUUUAUUCAGAAGUGUGAUGUAUUGGGUUUGUGCAGCAAGGGUUUGGGAGACACCGGGCUGCAGGGGUGGCUGGCUUCUGUGAGAAGCUGCCAGAAGCUUCCCCUGUGUCUGACAGAGCCAACACCA